GGCAUCGACGUAGUGAUGUCCGCGAAGUACUCGAUGAAAAAUUCGAAUAAAGGGCGUGUAAAAUGUGCGUAAUCCGGAGGUCGGAGGCCCUCGAUGUGGACACAGAAGUGCUUCCGAGGCUAGGGUGCGUUCGGGGGUGUUUGUGGCGUGACUCGCGAAGAUACUUUUCUGCCGCUUAGCUAUCGCAUUCCACUAUUCCAGUACCAAUGUCUGCGCUUUAGACCCCUUAGACGACGGAUCGACGGACGGACGUCUGUGUGGUCUCUGUCAACGCUUUUGUCAUUUGUGCACUUUCAUCGCGAUGUUCUUCCCUAAUCUCGAGGACUCUCCGGAGCCUCCUACCUCCUAGGGAUCAAGAACUCUCGGUGCCCUGGCGGUUCGAGCUAGCCUGUGCAUGUACGACUGUGUGCGUGUCCGGAGUGUCAGACGGAUCUGUGUUUCACCAUUAGUGCGCCCCAUUCAAUAUCUCAUUGUCUCUGCUGCGUUGUGUCCGCACGCGGGUCUAUGAUUUUCCUUUUUUCUUUCUUUUUUUUUUGUUUCCACUCGGUGAAAUGUUCUCGUCGCCGGCGUCCGUGGUCGGCGAGCCGUCUGGCUAUGACUUCGAGAAAGAGGAGAACGCUGCCAAGUGGAAGGGAGUGUUUGUCAACUCCCUGCGCAAGGUAUUGGGGCAAGUUCAUCCUAGUCUAGAAGCUCGACAAGACGCCUUAGAUUAUGUUGAGAGUCUGAUCUUGAGAAUGUUGGGCAUGCUCUGUGGAAAUCCACCUCCUCAUACGCCUCAAGACGUAGAAGAAAGAGUAAGACGAACAUUUCCUACUCCCAUUGACAGGUGGGCACUUCGAGACGCAAGAGAUGCUCUAGAAAAAGGAAAGAAAAAGUCGCCACUUGUUCUUCCCGUGGAUAAAAUCCACCAACUCUUGCAAAAGGAAGUAUUACAGCAUAAAAUCGACUCUCAAGUCAGUCUUUUUGUAGUUGGAGUACUCGAAUACAUUUCUGCUGAUAUUUUAAAGUUGGCUGGAAAUUACGUCAAGAAUAUACGCCACGUCGAGAUUUCCUGUGAAGAUAUAAGAGUCGCGAUGUAUGCGGACAUGGUACUAAUGGACAUGUUUUACCAAGAUGACUACACGGAGGGGCCUCAGAGUAGUUUAGGGGCAGGGGCGGUCGUGUCUCAGACGUAUGAAGAAUCUGUCCGAGAUUUAAUACACGAUGAACGCCAUUAUCUACGUGAUCUCCAUAUGAUCAUCAAGGUAUUUCGAGAAGAAAUAGCGAAACUUGCGCAAGAUCGAAAUGAAAUCGAAACACUUUUUAGUAAUAUAAUGGAUAUUUAUGAAAUGACCGUAACGUUACUUGGAAGCUUAGAAGAUAUUAUGGAGAUCACGGAGGAAAAGCAAACCCCUACUGUAGGAUCCUGCUUUGAGGAAUUAGCCGAGGCAGCCGAAUUUGAAGUGUAUAAGACCUAUGCACGAGAAAUGAACAGUCCAGCUAGUCGAGAAGUUUUAACGAGACUAUUAUCGAGGCCAGAAGCCAGUAAUGCUUUACGUGCUGCGGGACACGGUUUUAAAGAAGCUGUAAAGUACUAUUUGCCAAAACUUUUAAUGCAACCUGUAUGGCACUGCUUUUUGUACUUCGAUUACAUUAAGGUAUUACUCGAACGUACGCCAAAUUCCGAAGACGGUGAGACUUUAGAACAAGUUCAAGGUGUUCUGAGUCCAUUAAAAACGGAAUUAACCAAAACUGUUGCGAGUCUUCCAAAGAAAGACAGUGGUUUACGAAUGCAAAGCAGGGCACGCAGGCAAGCUGCCCUAGAAAAAACGAGCGAACUCCAGAAAAAUGUCGAUGGCUGGGACCAGAGGGACAUCGGACAAUGUUGUAACGAAUUUAUUAGAGAGGACAUGCUGGGAAAAGUAGGUAGCAAUGGUCGAAGGCUAACAGAAAGAAGAGCUCUCUUAUUUGACGGUUUACUUGUCCUCUGUAAACCCAGUGGUGGUAAAAGAGUGAGUGUCAGUGUCUCUGGAGUCGCAGUUGGAAGCAGUCAUCCUGCACAUCAAGGAGAAUUGCGUUUAAAAGAACGCUUUUUCAUCCGAAAGGUCGAUAUUAUCGAUCGGGAAGACACUGAAGAAUUAAAAAAUGCCUUCGAAAUCGCACCAAGGGACCAUCCUAAUGUUAUUCUCGUUGCCAAAUCGGUCGAGGACAAAAACAGUUGGAUGGCGGAUCUUGUGAUGCUCAAUACGAAAAGUAUGCUGGAGCGUACUUUGGAUAGCAUUCUCUUGGACGAGGAGAGGAAGCAUCCCUUGAAAUUACCCUCGCCACACUUAUAUGAAUUCGCGGAACAGGACGGUCCUGAAAAUAUUGUCCUGGAGGCGAGAGAAAACGGAGGCGUGCCUCUUAUCAAGGGCGCGACUUUAGUAAAGCUGGUCGAGAGGCUGACUUAUCAUAUUUACGCCGAUCCAGCUUUCGUCCGAACAUUCCUCACUACUUAUAGGAGCUUUUGUUCUCCACAAGAACUGUUAACAUUGUUAAUAAAACGGUUUGAUAUACCGGACCCAUCGUUGGUUUACGAGGAGGAGGAAAAGCCAACGGGAUGUAAAACCAUUGCAAGAGAAGAUUGGAAGAGGUACAGAAAAGAAUUCUGCCAGCCGGUGCAGUUUAGGGUUUUAAAUGUUUUAAGGCAUUGGGUGGAUCAUCACUUUUACGAUUUCCAACGAGACCCAUCUCUUCUUGAGAAAUUGAAGGUAUUUCUCGAAACUGUAAGUGGAAAGUCGAUGAGAAAAUGGGUGGAUUCUGUAAUGAAGAUUGUGCUGAGAAAGUGUGAGCCCUCGGAGCAAAGGCCGAUUACUUUUAGCUUCGAGCGCUCUCCUCCUCCUAUCGAGUGGCAUUUGAAAGUUCCUGAGGAAGAAUGGGGAAUACUUACGCUCCAUCCCAUUGAAUUAGCAAGGCAACUGACUUUAUUAGAAUUCGAAUUGUACAGAACGGUAAAGCCUUCCGAAUUAGUAGGGUCUGUGUGGACUAAAAAAGACAAAGAAAAGACGUCACCCAACCUUUUGAAGAUGAUUAAACACACGACAAAUUUUACAAGGUGGCUCGAAAAGACGAUAGUGGAAGCAGAAAAUUUAGAGGAGAGGGUGGCUAUUGUAUCUCGAGCAAUUGAAAUAAUGAUGGUGCUACAGGAUCUCAAUAAUUUCAACGGAGUGCUCGCCAUUGUUAGUGCUAUGGGAUCUGCUUCUGUUUUUAGGUUAAAAUUCACUUUCCAGCAAAUUACAGCACGAUUAGAUAAAGCACUUGAAGAGGCUCGUGAACUGAAUAACGACCAUUUCCGAAAGUAUCAGGAAAAGCUGCGCUCCAUUAAUCCACCUUGCGUACCAUUUUUCGGCAUGUACCUGACCAAUAUACUGCACAUCGAAGAAGGGAAUCCAGAUUACUUGCCAGGAAGCCCAGAGCUUAUCAACUUCAGCAAGCGACGAAAAGUCGCCGAAAUCACUGGUGAAAUCCAGCAGUACCAAAAUCAGCCUUACUGUCUUUCGGUGGAACCGAGAAUAAGGCACUUUAUUGAAAACCUUUCUCCGUUCGACCCUAAUAUGAAGGACGCAGACAUAAGCAAUUAUUUGUAUAACAAAAGUUUAGAAGUGGAACCAAGGGGCGCACGACAACCACCCAGAGUUUCUCGUAAAUGGCCAGAUUUAAACCUGAAAUCGCCGGGUAUCAAAGCGAGAAGUCUGAGCGGCAAGUUGCCAGCGCCACUUCAGGCUGUGGCUUCCAGUGUGAGGUUGCACGAUCCACCCGCAGAAUUUGCACCACCCCCGGAACUUCCGGAAACUCCUCCUCAUACUUCACAGGCACCUCAUACUGGAGAUCACAGCGUUUUUGCACCUGUAUUGUUGGGAGGUUCAGGACAAACUCCGGGAUCGCCAGGUCCCCUUAGCAUGUCGGGUCUUUCGAUUAGUUCCCCAGGAAGUAGUCCUCAGUUGGGGUCUCCUGGACAUAUGCCACCUCCUCAUCAUCCGUCGCAGAGCACUCUCUUUGGUUUUAAUCAAAGUUCAAUCGGCGCAGUGUCUAUGUCCGCCUUGUCGACAGCGGGUGGCAGUCCGGGCGCUCCAAUGCCUCUUCCUCCUUCUCCAAGCCACGUCAAUCUUAGCCAACCCCCUCCACCGUUACCACCACGAUCUCAUCGGAGGCGAGAAAGUUCCAUCAGCGAGUCACCGCAUCAGGUCAGACAAGCACCGAACGCUCCGUUAUUGCCUCCGCGAGAAGGCACAUCUCCACCUCCUCUCCCUCCUCGCAGAGAUUUACCCCCAGCGACUCUACCACCACGGCUUCCCGCCACUUUGAAUCCGAGUAGCUCUGCUUUAUUAAUGAGGCGAAACUCUAAUUUGGAAAGCUCUUCCUCGGGCGCUGCUCAUCCACGGAGGUACAUGUCUGUCAAUGGGCCCAGUCCCACGAAGCUUCCACCUACUCAACCCAACGGAUCAAUAACGCCCAGAUUACCACCAAAACCUCUGCCAGGACGUCCUCCGACCACUAUGUUUAAUUUCAGUGCUCCCCCUGGACCUAGUUAGAGACUCCUACUUUUUUCUUAUCCCAGAACAAAAGAAUUUCAGAGGAUCGAUUCGAGUCUAUCGGAAUUCGUCGAAGUCGUCGCUCCAGUCCAAUAAGGGCUUUGAUGUUGUAAAUAGUACUGUUUUCAGAUUUGGAAAAGGACCAGUAUCAGACGCACAAAAAAUUGGACCUUGAUGAUCUUCGACUCGGCUCUAGAUUAAUUAGAUAAUCAUAAUUAUCUAAAUACCGCCGAAAAAUAAUAUUGAACGAUGCGCUUAUAGUUGAUGGAAAUUGGUGGAGUAUAAUUGGUGAGAGAAGCAAAUGGACGAAGCACUGAUUGUGAUGAGAUGUUAUUCGUUACAUUCCUUAUUCGGAACACAUUCUUAACACGGCACAAGAAACUAUUUUUCUUGAAAGCUUAUUUUUCGAAUUGUACAGAGUAAUUGUACAUAUGCGAACAGUAUAUUUUUAGACAUUUUUUUACAAAUAGACACAUAACCGAUAGGAGUAAGUAGAGAAAAUUAACUCGUUCAGGUACACAUUUUGACUCUUCUCUUGGAAAGCCUGAGGCAGGGAGCAGUUUUUGGAAUGGACUCGAACCUUAUUACUAUAGAUGAACUAGGAAUAUUCUUGAAACUAUUUCUAUUCAAGUUUAUCGAUAUCAGUGUACUUGACAUGCACAAAUCGGUUUUCUUUGACAUUAAGAAAAUCUAGACGAGGAAAUUCCUAAUGUCUUUCAUCGUUUUAAGUCGCAGGUACAAGACUUUUUCUUUUUUUUUACGAUUUUGAAAACGAAGGAUUUUAAUGAGUACCGAUAGGAUCGGUAUAAAUGCUCAGUUGAAAGAAAAGUUACUUUUUUGAGAGAAUAAGAAUUCCAUUUCUCGUUACUGUGUUACUAGAAUUUAUAGUGAAUUGGAUGCCGGAAUGCGGAAUGCAUUUCAUCACUAUAGGCUGUCCAGAGGAACUCAUGAACCAAUUUUUCAUACUCGCAUUGAAAAGAUUUUGCUCGUUCGCGAUUCUCGAUCGACCCAUUUCUUCUUUGAACCCUUGUCUAUCCUUGAACAAAACUGUGAUACACUUUGAACGUGGAUAAGUGAAUGUAAUUAGACGUUUAGAAUUUAAAAAAAAUUCAGAUGGAAGAAAGUGCAGUAUCAAAUAAAUCAUAGGCCAACACACCUAUAUUAUUAUACAUAUAUCUUAAGUGGUAUCGAUAGCGCAGAAAGAAAUAAAUACUAUGUAAAUGUAUAUUAUAAAUAUAUUCUUGUCGAUAGGUAUUGUAAUAAUAUUGAAUGCAGGCAAAAGUGAAAUAUUGCAAAGUGUAAAAUAAAGAGUAUAUUGUGUA